CGCCCGUCGUACCUGUAGCCAUGUCGCCCCCUGCUGCCGGUGGAAAGGACUCGCACGCCGCCCGCAUCCUCGGUUCCGGCACCUCGGGCAUCGCCGAGCUCAUCAUCUUCCACCCGGUCGACACGGUCGCCAAGCGCCUCAUGUCCAACAAGGUCACGGGCAAGCCCAUGAUGGAGAUCGUCUUCCGAGAGCACGCCAACGCGCGCGCCGGUCAGAAGUUCCUGUCGCUCUUCCCGGGUCUCGGUUACGCCGCAGGGUACAAGGUCCUCCAGCGUGUCUACAAGUUUGGCGGCCAGCCGUACUUCAACGACUUCCUGUCGCGCAACUUCAAGAAGAGCUUUGACGGCGCGUUCGGCGAGAAGAACGGCAAGGCCAUGAUGGCUGCCACUGCCGGCUCCCUGACCGGCAUCGGCGAGAUCGUCCUCCUGCCCCUCGACGUCCUCAAGAUCAAGCGUCAGACCAACCCCGAGGCGUUCCGCUCGCGCGGCUUUGUCCAGAUCGUCCGCGACGAGGGCUUCUCGCUGUACCGCGGCGCGUCGUGGACCGCCGCGCGCAACGCGCCCGGCUCGUUUGCCCUGUUCGGUGGCUCGGCGUUCACCAAGGAGUACGUGUUCAAGCUCGAGGACUACCGCACGGCGACGUGGUACCAGAACUUUAUCGCGUCCAUCGCCGGAUCGAUCUCGUCCAUCGCCAUCUCGCAGCCGCUCGACGUCAUCAAGACGCGCAUCCAGAACCAGAACUUUGAGAGCAAGGUCGGCGGCAUGACGGUCGUGCGCGAGCUCAUCAAGAACGAGGGCGCGUCGGCCUUCUUCAAGGGCUUGACGCCAAAGGUCCUCGUCGUCGGCCCCAAGCUCAUCUUCUCGUUCACCCUCGCUCAGACCCUCAUUCCCCUCUUCUCCAAGUACGUGUAGUCAGUGCCCCGCUCGCCCUCCCACCACCCCCUCUAGACGUGCCCGUGUCCGCCUCUGUGCCCGCCCUCUUCCCUCCUCCUUCCUCCCGGGCUGUAAAACCUCUUCCCUCUCCCUCUCUUCUAUCGCAGGACUUCUCGGGACUAUUUCCUUGCGUCCACCUGCAACCGCACCAUUCCCUGCUGGCACCGUG